AUGAGACCGUUCGAAACCGACGGAACGAGCUCGCGGCUGCCCAUAGUGCGGCCGGCCACUCCGAACCAGAACAGACGUAGCAUGCGGUCGUCCAACCUGAUUGGCACGUCCACGUCGCCGGCGUCUAAACAGCAACACUAUCCUCUCUCGUCCCCUUAUCGUUCGCAACACAACCCGCCCUCUCUGUCGACUCCGGGGUCUUUAGCGCAGAGCGAUUCCACAGAGGCCCCACAGGAUGGGGGUCCAGGAGCUGCGGAGUCCGAUCUGCCCUUUUUCGAUAAGGCCCGACAGUUUGAGUUCAUUGACCAUCUGGACAGCAUACACAUGAAACUGUUGAAGCUGAACGAGAUCCACGAGUCGCUGACAAAUUUCAACGAAUCGUUUGGGUCGUUCCUGUUUGGGUUCAAUAUCAAUGCAUGGUGCGUGAACUUUGAAGAGGCACCGACCCCGAAGACAUGGAACCAGAAACAGCAGUUGGACGAGAUCCAGAGCAAGAUCGACUCUCUGCAAGCAGAGAUAGAGAAGCUCGAAACAGAACGCAAAGACAGAACCACCAUGCCUCCUCCAGGGCCCGGCAAAACCGCGCAGAUAAGACAAACUUCCGCCAGACGAUCGUAUCUUCGAGGCAGUAGCCGCACCGUCUCGAGCUCUACAAGACGCCAGUCGUCGAUUCCCAAGCUUGUGAGAUCGCAUUCAUCGUCAUUGGACCAGACGCCAGUACAGAAACCGGCCGCGACGCCCAGCAGCAGACUCAAUCUGUCCUCUGCGAAAAAGACUAAUAUACGACCGGGAAGCUCGCAGGAGGACGAAAAAUGGCAAGUGAAGGGACGCAAACCUUUUAGAUGAAUACAUAAUGAAUUACGGCUUAGGGAUUCUCAAGCUCUUGCUAAUCAUCAGACAGCCCUGGACGAAGAACAGUCCGCUGAAAGGGUGCCACUCAUAAAACUUGCCCUCCCACAGAAGCCCCAAUGGCAGAUCGGCGGCAGUCCACUGCUUGUAAACAAGGAACGACAUUAACAACACGAGCCACAGGGAGGACGGAAUAGGUAGUCCUUCAAAAUACUUGGACUUGCCAGUGAAGUCCUUGGGGAUGUUGGAAACGGUGACGUUGAAUCUGGCAAGUCUGCCGAGCCCACACAGAACGCAGAAGGUGAGACAAAGAACGUCGAGAGUGGUUUGGAGCCCUAUGGCAAACGCAAUCGAGGCGGGGGCAACUCCAAACGAGAUAAGGUCAGCGAGCGAAUCGAGCUCCUGGCCAAUCAAAGAAGCCUUGUUUCUGAGUCUGGCGACUUUGCCAUCAAAAAAGUCGAAAAACAGACCCAGAAAAAUGAAGAAGAUUGCCCGUUGCACGUAGUGACUCUGGCGCGUUAGCGUGAAUCUGAGACACGAAAUGAUCGAGUAAAAACCACUAAAGCCGUUCAGCAUGGUGAUGAAGUCGGCCAUAUGUAGGUUUCUAAUGAAAGAUAGAUGUCUAUUGUCCGAAGUGAAUGCUAUGAUAUCAGUUUCGUUGGGCGGAGGCAGAGGCUCGUCGGUCAGAGAGAAGAUCGAGGACAUCGACGAGGACCGUCUGGUCUUGAUGUGCUCGAUAGAUGCACCUUCAGAAUCAGAGGCGUCAGACAUUGCCGACUCUGGCGGUGGAAUCGAGGAUUUUUUAGCGAUCCGCGACGGUCUCUGAGACAUUGGAGAGGCGAAUAGAAGCAAGCAAUAUAUGUAUAUGUUUUAAUUUUUAUAGGAUACUUUUGGUGUAGAGGUGCUUUUGUACUUGGUUAUCUACACACUUCUCACCACCUCGUCAAUACAUUUGGCCACGUGCUUGACGUUGCCCUCGUUCAGACCGGCAAUGCUGGCUCUGCCAGAGCUGACAAGGUACACGCCGUGCUUCUUUUCCAAUCUCUCGACCUGGGCUGGAGUCAAGCCGGUAAAGGAGAACAUGCCCUGUUGCUCGACAAUGUGCUUCCACGAGCCCGGAGUACCCAGCUUCUCGAGCUCGGCAGUGAGCGUCUGGCGCAUCUUGGAAAUUCUUGAGCUCAUGGUCACAAGGUCGUCCUCCCACUGUUUCAUCAGCUCGGGCGUGUUGAGGAUCAGAGACACGAUCUUGGCUCCGUAUGCUGGCGGGUUCGAGAUUUCGGAUCGGAUAAUCUUGGAAAGCUGCGAGAGCACGGCCUUGUUGAGCGCUGUGUCGUGUUCCGGCAGCACCACGUGCACAGCGCCGACUCUUUCGCCGUACAUUCCGGCGUUCUUAGCGAACGACUGGCACACAACGAUGGGGAAGCUGUACUUCUUGUCGACGGCCUCUCGCACGGCCCAUGCAUCUUUAUCGAGCGAUCCGGACGAGAAGCCCUGGUACGCUGAGUCAAAUAAGGCCAAAUGGUUGCCUUUUUCGAUGGCCUGUAGAAUUUUGAGCCACUGGUCGGGUUUAGGGUCGAGCCCGGUCGGGUUGUGAGCCGUUGCGUGGAGCAGGAACACAGAGCCUUCUGGAGCCUGCUCUAUGGACCUCACAAAGCCGUCCAGGUCCAAAGUCUUGGUUUCGUUGUUCCAGUACGGGUAAGAGGCCGUCUUCAGGCCAAGGUACCCGAAUAUCUGCUCAUGGUUGGCCCACGUAGGCUUCGAGAGGUAGACGGUGGGAGGCUCCUUGGACGUAUUGGACACGUAAAACUCCUUCAAGAAUUUGCCCGCCACGUGCAAGGCGCCAGUGCCGGAAAGCGUCUGGAUAGACACGAGUCUGUCCUCGGCAAUGGCUUUCGACUGCUUGCCAAGGAUAAUCCGGGCAGCGGCGUCGGUGAACGCCUUGUAACCGGAAAUCGCCAGAUACUCAUGGUUGUACUCCUUGGAGUUCUGCAACAGGUUCUCGGCGAGCCUGACAGAGGGCAAAAUCCACGGCUUGCCGUCGUUGUCUCUGUAGGCACCGAUUCCAAGAUCGACCUUGUUGGGACGCGGGUCCUCGCUGUAUCUGGCCUUGAGACCAAACAAUGGGUCUGGAGGCAGCUGGGGGAUGUUCUCGAUGCUGAAGGAUCUUGUC